GCUCCCAUUUUAUUCAGACCUAUAACCAGCUACUUGUUCCCUGAAAUCUUUUCUAGGGCAGUAAUUUCAGCCAGAAUGGUGAAGCUUCAGCUGCCCAACCCAGGCCUGGACAAUAGGAUACCUUCCCACGCAGAACUUGAAACCACUGAGAAAGAAGAGGCUGAUACGAGACCAAAAUGGGAUAACAAGGCUCAGUACAUGCUAACCUGUAUAGGGUUUUGUGUGGGAUUAGGAAAUGUAUGGCGAUUUCCUUAUCUCUGCCAGAGCCAUGGAGGAGGAGCCUUUAUGAUCCCUUUUCUCAUUUUGCUUGUCCUGGAAGGUAUCCCACUGCUUCAUCUUGAGUUUGCCAUUGGUCAAAGACUGAGAAAAGGCAGUGUGGGAGUCUGGAGUUCUAUCCAUCCUACCCUGAAGGGAGUAGGUAUAGCAGCAAUGCUUGUAUCCUUCCUGGUGGGUUUAUACUAUAACACUAUCAUUGCCUGGGUGAUGUGGUAUUUCUUCAACUCUUUCCAGGAGCCAUUGCCUUGGAGUGACUGCCCACUCAAUGCCAACAGAACUGGUUAUGUAGAAGAGUGUGCCAAGAGUUCUCCUGUAGAUUAUUUCUGGUAUAGAGAAACUUUAAAUAUUUCCACUUCCAUUGAUGAUUCAGGCACCAUACAGUGGUGGCUUUUACUGUGUUUAACAUGUGCCUGGGGAGUACUGUACGUGUGCACAAUCAGAGGCAUUGAAACAACAGGAAAGGCAGUGUAUGUAACAUCAACUCUUCCUUAUGUUGUGCUUACCAUUUUCCUGAUCCGUGGCUUGACAUUGAAAGGGUCAGUCAGUGGAAUUGUAUAUCUCUUCACUCCCAAUGUUACCGAAUUGGCUAACCCAGUCACAUGGCUGGAUGCUGGAGCCCAGGUAUUCUACUCUUUCUCCCUUGCCUUCGGAGGCCUCAUCUCCUUCUCUAGUUACAAUUCCAUUCACAACAACUGUGAGAAAGAUGCUGUGAUUAUCUCUAUAAUCAAUGGUUUCACAUCCAUUUAUGCAGCAACUGUCAUAUACUCCAUCAUUGGGUUCAGGGCAACAGAGAGAUAUGAUGACUGUUUCAACAGAAAUAUUCUUACCCUGACAAAUGCUUUCGAUUUGCCAGAAGGUAAUGUAACCCAGGAAAACUUUGAACAGAUGCAGAAGUGGUGUAACAUGACUGAUACAAUGACUUUUGUAGGCCUUAAGUUUGAGACCUGUAACCUCGAAAGUUUCUUAACUGAUGGAGUUGAAGGAACUGGCUUGGCUUUUAUAGUCUUCACUGAAGCUAUCACCAAAAUGCCUGUCUCACCUUUGUGGUCCAUUCUCUUCUUUAUCAUGCUGUUCUGCUUAGGCUUGUCAUCUAUGUUUGGAAACAUGGAAGGUGUUCUUGUACCUUUGCAAGAUCUUAAUGUCAUACCCAAAAAAUGGCCUAAGGAACUUGUUACAGGUUUGAUUUGUGCCGGGUCUUAUUUGCUUGCUUUUAUUUUUGUGCUGAAUUCUGGUAACUACUGGCUGGCACUAUUUGACAGUUUUGCUGGAUCAAUUCCCUUGCUGAUAAUUGCUUUUUGUGAGAUGUUUUCAGUCGUCUACAUUUAUGGGAUAGACAGGUUUAACAAGGAUAUAGAGUUCAUGAUUGGACACAAACCCAACAUUUUCUGGCAGGUCACAUGGAGAGUUGUCAGUCCUCUCAUUAUGAUAGUUAUCUUCUUCUUUUACUUUGUGGUGAAAGUCAACCAAGAACUGCUCUAUAUCAUUUGGGAUCCUAAUUAUGAUCAGUUCCCCAAAUCAGAGAAAGUUGGAUAUCCUGACUGGGUGUAUGCCAUCAUUGUAAUCUUGGCUGGAGUGCCUUGUUUGGUCAUCCCUGUCCUCGCCAUCUACAAAGGCAUCAGAAAUUGCUGUCAAGAACAAGAUGGACAUCAGGGCCUUGUCAUCUCAGUUUCUGAGCCCUCUGUGAAUGGAGACCUGAAGAAUCGUGCAUGAGAACAUAUUUCAAAGAGAUGGAAAAACGACCUAGUUAGUGAGGGAAGGAAAAACAAACCAAAAAAAUGUAAAUGAAAUCCAUAGUUAGUUCCAUUGUCAUAAAGGGGCAAUGAUGUGAGGUUCCUAGGGGAACAAUGAAACUAAGUGAAUCCUACAGUAACUGAUUUCAGUGUCUGACUGUUCAGGCAGGAGAACUAAUGUGAACACUAAUUUUAUGCUGACCUCUGCCUUGCACACUCAAUUGUUUUUAACCACAGAUAUCAUUGUGUUGCACAGAGUCACAAAUACUUUCCUCAAGCGAAAGUUUUAAAUAUUUAAAUAUUAAAACAUUUCUAAGUAUGAAAA